AUGGCCACCACCGCUGCUUCACCAUCCGCCGCAGCGUCGGCAAGCUCAACCGCUUUCCAAGCGCCACCCAUCCCCACUACCUGGCGUUCCUCUCUCAAUGCUUGGUUCCGCGGAGUACAGCGGGACACGGCCGCAGCCGAGUUGCACCUCUACAGCAUGUCCACACCCUACUUUAGAUCUGCAACACUCGACAAUGCUCCCAACGCUCCUCUGGACGUUGCUCAUGCAGCAGCUGCGGGCAAAGUAUCCGGAGGUGGACACGCCACGGAUUUGGAUACCGAUGGACAUGCGGGUAGAGCAACUACGGGAGCUGAGUUGGCUGCGGAUGGGAAGGUGGGAAGCAUCAGAUUGGUGGAUAUCGGUCCAGAGAGGCAUAAGAAGCCAAUUUCUGGUAUUGGCAGCUGGCUAGGCCGCAAAGAGACCCCUCGUCUGGUCAACAUGCUCGAGAUCGGCACGCCCCAGACUCGAGAAUCGGAAGAGAAGGUCAUCUUGCUACAUGGCUACGGAGCAGGUGAGCACAUAGCCGCACAGCGUAUUUUUCAGACUCCGUUUCUGACAGCUCGAGCUGCUGCGCAUCUUCUCGUCUAGGCACUGCAUUCUACUUUCAGAACCUAGAAGCUAUUUCGCAGCAUCCAAAUUCGCGCCUGUAUGCGCUCGAUUGGCUCGGUAUGGGUCGCUCUGCACGCGUUCCGUUCGACGUGCCCAAGUCAGCGCAGGCGAAUACGGAUACGAGAGUCGAAGCAGCUGAAUCCUUCUUCACUGACAGUCUCGAGGAUUGGAGAGAAGUGAUGGGACUGGAGAAGAUGACCUUGGUGGGACACAGCCUGGGAGGAUACUUGAGCAUUGCGUACACCCUCAAAUACCCCGAGCGAGUCAAUCGGCUGGUGUUGAUCUCGCCUGCUGGCAUAGGGGCGGGUGAGUACUGAUUAUCUGCUUUACAAAUGGGAUGUAACCUCAAUGCGCACUGAAGCUGAUUGGCUUGCCUCAUUUGUAGAUCCAGACAGGGGCGAGGAGACGUUCGCACCCAAGAACGAAGCCAAGCAGGAGCACGACACGCAUUCGAGUCGGCAGCGCGAGUGGAGUGGCAACACGGAGUUGUCGAACAGCGAGCCAGAUGCCGUCGUUGCCGAAGUGCGGACGCAACAAGCAGACGUCGCUCCUUCCACUUCCACAAUGGCUGCAGAAGAUGCACGUCGCGUUGCCGAAAAAGCGGAAGCAGCUGGCAAAAAGGCUAGCGAAGGAACCUCAGCCAAAGACGAUGGCGAAUAUCAACACAAUCCCCCGCCCAGACUCGGGAAGCGCAGAAGACAGAUCCUCACCACCUUGUGGGACGCUAACUUUUCGCCUUUCGGAUUGCUUAGGAAUUCCUUCUUCUUUGGUCCUAUGCUAGCAGGUAGAUAUACCUCGAGGAGGUUCGGAGCGCUCAGUGAUGAGCAACUGCGCACGAUGCACUCUUACACUGCCGGAAUCUUCAUGGCGCGGGGCUCGUCGGAAUAUGCGCUCGCUCAUCUGCUCGCUCCUGGCGCUUACGCCCGCAAACCUAUGGUGGACCGCAUUGCGCCAAUCAAAGUGCCUGUCAGCUUCAUGUACGGAGAACACGACUGGAUGGACAUCCAAGGAGGAAAAGAAGCGGUGCAACGGUUGAAGGAUGCUGGGAACGCGCACGGAAGCGUAUUCUGUGUACCUCAUGCAGGUCAUCACAUCACCCUUGACAAUCCUCGCGCAAGCAACACCCUGAUCCGAAAGAUCUUGCUGGGACAAGCCGACGUAGCUGCGAAAGAAGGUCGCCGCCUCCGGGUAGGAAGCGGAUUCAGCAGCGAUAGUGAGACCAUUUAG